CCUGAUAGGCUCAGCCAGACGUGUGUUUACCCAUAUCCGGGCUAGAGAGGAAAAGAAAAAACUUUCAUUUAGACUAAAAACAACAACAACAAUAACUUUCACCAUGAAAUCACACAGCAGGAACAGGCACGGACCGUAAGGCAUUCUUCAAUUUCUGAUCUCCAUCAAGGACUUUGGGAGGGGACUUUUCUGUCAUUUUUCCAAAAAAAAAAAAAAAGGAAAAAGCUGUGCUGUUUGCGCGUGAGCGCGCGCGUGAGCGCGCCUGCCUGCAAUAAUCAUACAGGCUUUCCCUUCCUCCCUCCAUCAAAUAAAUCUUUCCCCCCCGUCCUUUGGGGCCAGUUUGGAGUUUUCUUGCUCCUGUCAAUUCCACACCCUUAUUUGUUUUGCCAGUUUUUCUAAAGUGUGUGUGGGGGGGGGGGGGGGUUGUGUGCGAAGGAAAGGGGAGGGAGAUAUUUGAGUCUCCUCGAUCAUGGCCGCGCAAGUAGCAGUGGCUCCGAUGAGUGCGAGCAAAAGCAAGGUCAAAACCCAGAGUUUGACGGGUAACUUAACCCAGGAUUUUAACUCUGGGGCUGGCACCGUCGGAGCUGUUGGAUCUGGCUCGCUCCUGGGGGUCGUAGAUGGGACGAGCAGCAGCAGAUUGAAUAAUGUAGAUCACCAUCUUCACCAAGCUAAUGUAGUGAACAUGGCCAGUAAUGCAACUUCUGCCGCCGCCGCGGCUCCUAACAACGCUACCAGCAGCGGCCGCAGCUCUUCCUCGGAACUGGUUCUAAAAGACCCUGGAAGCGUGUCGAGCUUAUCUUCCUCUUCUUUUCCUAUGGAGAUAGGGCUGCUUCCCAAUCAUAAGUUGCAAAGCGUUGGAGGCGAUCCCUCUGCCGCCGCACCUUCACACCACCCCCGUGCCCAGCACCAGCACCCAGUUCACCUCCGUGCCCAGCACCCCCACGUUCACCACCACCGCCACCACUAUCACUACCACCACCAUGCAGUUCAACACCAACAGCUAAAUCAAUUCCAACCACAGCCGCCGCCUCAGCACCAUCCGAUGCAGAAUAACAACAACGGCGGCGGCGGCGGCGGCAGCAGCAGCAACAACAACGGCGGCGGCGCUGCUCAGCCCAGCAGCGCAGACAUGGAACAGCAGCAGCAGCAGCAGCAGCAGCAACAUGGAGGAAAAGACCGUGGCUUGGGGGGACAGGCCGAGCCCCAGAACCAGCCGCAGCCUCAGCCCCUGCUGAAUCAAGGCGGGGACGAGGAAGAGGCGACGCCGCCGCCGGACAAAAUGGGCGAGCAGCACCUCAACAGUCGCUACGACCACCCUAGUUUGGGACCUUUGGGCGGGCAGCAGCAGCAGCAGCCGCCGCCGCCGCCUCCACCGCUACCACCACCACCACCACCUCAGGGAGCGGGCGGCAGCAGCGGCGGCGGCGGCACUGGAGGAGGAGACGGCGGCGGCGGCGGCAGCGGCGGCCCCUCAGCGGUGGGUGUCUCGGAGUUUAAUAGCUAUUACGGCAACGCUGGCAGCGGCGGCAGCAGCGGCGGCGGAGGCGCCUCCUCAGCGAGCCGGGCCGGGCCUUGCUUUGAUCAACAUGGCGGACAACAAAGCCCCGGGAUGGGGCUAAUGCACCCCGCGGCGGCCCCCAACAUCAUGGACCCCCUGCCCAACUCGCACGAAGGCUACGCCAACAGCCAGUACAACCACUACUCGGGCGCUUACGGCCGGCCUGGCGGCGGCACUAACACAGGACCGGGAGCCGUGGCGGCGGCGGCUGCAGGAGGAGGAGGAGGCGGCGGCGGCGGCGGCUAUGGGGGCUCGUCCUCUGCUUUCGGGGUGCUGAGUUCCCCCAGGCAGCACCAGCAGGGCAUGAUGCUGGGCCCUGGCGGCGGCGGGAGCUUGGGAAAGGCAUCUGGGGCGGCGGGUUUCCAAAGAUUCUCCGGGCAAAACCAACACCCGUCUGGAGCCACCCCAACCUUGAACCAGCUGCUGACUUCCCCCAGCCCCAUGAUGAGGAGCUAUGGCACAGGCUACCCUGAUUAUAGUAGCCCCAGCGGUGCCCCAUCGCAGCAGCCGGCUCAGGGAGCAGCUGCCGCAGCCGCCCCAGGAAGUCAGCAGGCAGUCAUGGGCAAGGACAUGGGCUCCCAGUAUGGAGCUGCAAACCCAGCCUGGGCAGCUGCACAACAAAGAAAUCACCCUGCUAUGAGCCCUGGAAGCACUGGACAGACCCUCAGCAGGAACCAGGGCAACCCAAUGGAUCCAAUGGUAAUGAAAAGACCUCAGUUGUUUGCAGUCAGCAACAGCCCACAUGCUCAGUCCCAGCCCAGCAGUCCAUAUCCAGGGCAGUCAUAUGGGGCACCAGGACCCCAGCGUUUUCCAAUGGCAAUGCAGGCCCGGACUCCUGGUUCCAUGGGAGGAAUGCAAUAUCCACAGCAACAGAUGCCAUCUCAGUAUGGUCCACAAGGUAUAACUGGUUACUGCCAACAGCCAUAUUACAACCAGCAACCACAACCUCAGCACCUGCCUCCUCAGACCCAGUACCUCUCCCAGGCCCAACAAAGGUACCAGACGCAGCAGGAAAUGUCUCAGGAAGGCUAUGGAACCAGAUCUCAACCCCCUGUCACCCCGAACAAACCUAACCAUGAAGAAUUGACCCUAAUCCAACAAGAGAGGCCUUCAAGUUUACCAGUUGAAGUUUUAGCCUCGGAGGAUGCUUCAUUUGGACUCAAGGAUUUAUCAGGCUCCAUUGAUGACCUGCCUACUGGAACCGAAGCAACAUUGAGUUCAGCCGUUAGCGCAUCAGGUUCUACCAGCAGUCAAGGGGAGCAGAGCAACCCAGCACAGUCACCUUUCUCCCCUCAUGCCUCUCCACAUCUCUCCAGCAUCCCUGGAGGCCCGUCCCCUUCCCCCGUGGGCUCUCCAGCUGGAAGCAAUCAGUCAAGGUCUGGUCCCAUUUCUCCAGCAAGUAUUCCAGGUGACUAUUGUAAGAGGGGGAAACAAAAGAGGAGAAAAGAAGGCAAACCCAAAUCGCCACAUACAUACAACGAUGCUGAACCAAGCUUUCUGUCUGCACUUUGCCCACAGCUAUGCAGAUAUUCAGGUAGCCAGAUGCCAUCACAGACUCCUGGUACCCAAUCAGAAUCUAGCUCCCAUCCUGCCUUGAGCCAGUCCCCAAUGCCACAGGAUCGAGGUUUUAUGACAAGCAUUCAAAGAAACCCUCAAUUGUCACAAUAUGCAUCUCAGCAGACUGGACCUUCUAUGUCACCCCAUCCUUCACCUGGAGGUCAAAUGCAUUCUGGAAUUGGGAGCUUUCCACAAAGUAAUUCAAGUGGUGCUUACGGAACUCAGAUGAGCCAGUAUGGGCCACAAGGGAACUACUCCAGACAGCCAACAUACUCUGGAGUGACCAACGCAGGUUACAGUGGACCAGGACCUGGUAUGGGUAUAAAUGCCAGCAACCAGAUGCACGGACAGGGUCCAGGCCAGCCUUGUGGUACCAUUCCCUUGGGACGAAUGCCAUCAACUGGGAUGCAAAGCAGACCGUUUCCUGGAAAUAUGAGCAGUAUGACACCCAGUUCUCCGGGCAUGGCUCAGCAAGGAGGCCCCGGGAUGGGACCACCCAUGCCAACUGUGAACCGUAAGGCCCAGGAGGCAGCUGCAGCAGUGAUGCAAGCUGCUGCCAACUCCGCCCAGAGCAGGCCACCAUACAUUCGGUCGCCUGCUUAUCCCAGCCAGUCUGGGGCUGGCGGACGCCCCAUGUUUUCUUCACAGCACCCCAACUAUGGCAACGCUCAGGGUCCCAUGAUGCAUCAGCCUGACCAGUACGGGCAAGGCAGUUUUCCUGUCAUCAAUCAGAGUGGCAUUAUGGGAUCCAGCUCUCCAUACACCCAACCAAUGAACAGCAACUCAAGUCUGAUGAACCCUCAAGCUUCUCCUUACAGCAUGGCACCUAACAUGGUGAACAGUUCCACAGCACCUAUGGGUCUUGCAGAUUUGAUGACUCAAGGCGAGUCCAAAUUGCCCGUUCCUCUCAAACCAGAUGGAAAAGAAGAAGGACCUCCCCAGCCAGAGAGCAAAAAGGAUAGCUACAGCUCUCAGGGUAUUUCUCAGCCCCCAACCCCAGGCAACCUGCCAGUCCCUUCCCCAAUGUCCCCAAGUUCUGCUAGCAUCUCCUCAUUUCAUGGAGAUGAAAGUGAUAGCAUUGGCAGCCCAGGCUGGCCAAAGACUCCAUCAAGCCCUAAAUCAAGUUCCUCCAACACAACCGGGGAGAAGAUCACCAAAAUGUAUGAGCUGGGGACUGAACCAGAGCGGAAAGUUUGGGUCGAUCGCUAUCUCAACUUCAUGGAAGAAAGGGGAACACCUGUAGCUGGUCUCCCUGCUGUUGGCAAGAAGCCACUGGAUCUUUUUAGACUCUAUGUUUGUGUUAAGGAGAUUGGAGGCUUAGCCCAGGUUAAUAAAAAUAAGAAGUGGCGUGAGCUAGCUACCAACCUAAAUGUUGGCACUUCGAGCAGCGCAGCCAGUUCCUUGAAAAAACAAUAUAUUCAAUACCUCUUUGCCUUUGAAUGCAAGAUUGAACGAGGGGAGGAACCCCCUCCAGAAGUCUUCAGCACUGGAGAUACUAAGAAACAAGCUAAGAUUCAGCCGCCAUCUCCUGCAAACUCGGGUUCUCUUCAGGGUCCACAGACCCCUCAGUCUACGGGGAGCAAUUCUAUGACAGAAGUGCCAAGUGACCUCAAGCCUCCAACACCAGCGUCCACACCUCAUGGACAGAUGACACCCACUCAGAGCAGCAGAAAUAGUUCAGUCAGUGUACAUGAUCCCUUUUCGGAUAUAAGUGAUUCCACAUACGCAAAGCGGAACUCCAUGACUCCAAAUGCACCCUAUCAGCAAUCAAUGAAUAUGCCAGAUAUGAUGGGAAGGAUGCCCUAUGAGCCAAACAAGGAUCCUUUUGGUGGGAUGAGAAAAGUGCCUGGAAAUAGUGAACCCUUCAUGGCGCCUGGACAAAUGCCCAACAGUGGCAUGCAGGAUAUGUACAGCCAGAGUCCCGCUGCAACCAUGUCCAACAUGGGCAUAGGCCAACGGCAACAGUUUCCCUAUGGAAGUGGUUAUGACCGGAGGCACGAACCAUAUGGACCGCAGUAUCCAAUGCAAGCUCCUCCUUCUGGACAACCCCCCUAUGGAACACACCAAUCAGGAAUGUUUCCACAGCAGCAAAACUACAAACGGCAUAUGGAUGGCAUGUAUGGGCCUCCAGCAAAACGUCAUGAUGGAGAUAUGUUUAACAUGCAGUACAGCAACCAACAGCAGGAGAUAUUUAACCAGUACAGCAGUGCUUACUCUGGACCAGACAGGAGACCCAUCCAGGGACAGUAUCCAUAUCCUUAUAACAGAGAAAGGAUGCAGGGUCCUGGACAAAUGCCACAACAUGGAAUACCUCCGCAGAUGAUUGGUGGCCCUAUGCAGACAUCAGCUUCCAGUGAAAGCCCCCAACAAAACAUGUGGCCCACAAGAAAUGAUAUGUCUUACCCAUAUCAGAACAGGCAAGGCCCUGGGGGCCCUGCACAGGCCCCACCUUAUCCAGGGAUGAAUCGUACUGAUGAUAUGAUGGUACCUGACCAGAGAAUAAACCAUGAAAGCCAGUGGCCUUCUCAUGUCAACCAGCGACAGCCUUCUUACAUGUCAUCCUCUGCUUCCAUGCAGCCUAUUACUCGACCUCCUCAGUCAUCCUAUCAGACGCCACCAUCAAUGCCAAACCACAUAUCUCGAGCUCCUAGCCCUGCAUCUUUCCCACGCUCUCAUGAAAAUCGUAUGUCUCCCAGUAAAUCUCCAUUCCUAUCCUCUAUGAAGAUGCCAAAAGUUAUGCCUACUCUUCCAGUCUCGCAGGUCACAGGUCCUCCAAUGCAGCCACCAUCAUCUAUUAGGAGGGAAGUCACUUUUCCCCCAGGUUCGGUAGAAGCAUCCCAACCAAUUUUAAAACCAAGGCGAAAGAUUACCUCAAAAGAUAUUGUGAGUCCGGAAGCCUGGCGAGUGAUGAUGUCUCUUAAAUCAGGCCUUCUUGCAGAAAGUACUUGGGCAUUAGACACUAUUAACAUUCUUUUGUACGAUGAUAGUACGGUUGCUACGUUCAAUCUCUCGCAGUUAUCUGGUUUUCUUGAGCUGUUGGUGGAAUAUUUUAGAAAAUGCCUGAUUGAUAUUUUUGGGAUCCUUAUGGAAUAUGAAGUGGGAUAUCCAGGACCAAAACUGCAAGAUCAUAAUUCAUUUCCGAAUGAGGAUGGGCAGUCUGCAACGGAGGAUGUCAGGAAAGAGGAAGAGAACAAUGAUGAAUGUAUAGAUUACUUUGAUGACCUGGAAGAUGAGGAGGAAGAAGAGGAAGAAGAUGAAACUGAGAACACAGAAGAAGGAAAGAAUACUCUUGUAGCUCCACCUGAUGCCAUUCUUGAUCCAAGUGAGAAGCCAAAACAAGCCAGUAAGUUUGACAAGUUGCCAAUAAAAAUUGUAAAGAAAAACAACUUAUUUGUUGUCGACCGAUCUGAUCGGCUGGGGCAUGUUCAGGAAUUCAACAGUGGGCUUCUUCAUUGGCAACUUGGUGGGGGUGAUACAACUGAACACAUUCAGACCCAUUUUGAGAGUAAGAUGGAGAUUCCUGCUUGCAGGCGGCCAUCUCUAUCAGUCUCCUCAGGUAAAAAGAAGAACAUAGAGGGGAAAGGAGAAUCUGAGGAACAGCAAGACAAAAGCAUAUCAGCCACUAUUGAUGAUGUCUUGUCAGCUCGUCCGGGAGCAUUGUCUGAAGACCCCGACUCUAAUUCUCAGACAGAUAGUAAUAAAUUCCCAUUUGGGAUCCAUCAAGUGAAAAGUCAUCGAAAUAUCAAACUGCUGGAAGAUGAGCCACGGAGUCGAGAUGAGACUCCUCUAUGUACCAUUACCCACUGGCAAGAUUCUUUGGCCAAGCGUUGCAUCUGUGUUUCAAAUAUUGUCCGCAGUUUAUCUUUUGUGCCUGGCAAUGAUGUGGAAAUGUCUAAACAUCCAGGCUUGGUGCUAAUCUUGGGAAAGUUGAUUCUUCUUCAUCAUGAACACCCAGAAAGAAAGCGUACACCACAGACAUAUGAAAAAGAGGAAGAAGUGGACAAAGGGGUGGCCUGCAGCAAGGAUGAGUGGUGGUGGGACUGCCUUGAGGUCUUGAGGGAUAAUACAUUGGUCACACUAGCCAACAUUUCUGGGCAGCUAGACUUAUCUGCUUAUACAGAAAGCAUCUGUUUGCCAAUUUUGGAUGGCUUACUGCACUGGAUGGUGUGCCCAUCGGCAGAGGCACAAGAUCCUUUUCCAACUGUGGGGCCCAACUCAAUCCUUUCGCCUCAGAGACUUGUACUGGAAACCCUGUGUAAACUCAGUAUCCAAGACAAUAACGUGGACCUCAUAUUGGCCACGCCCCCAUUCAGUCGUCAGGAGAAACUGUAUGCUACUUUAGUUAGGUACGUUGGGGAACGCAAAAAUCCUGUCUGCCGAGAAAUGUCAAUGGCGCUCUUAUCAAACCUUGCCCGAGGGGACACGUUAGCAUCAAGGGCAAUAGCUGUGCAGAAGGGAAGCAUUGGAAACUUGAUAAGCUUCCUUGAGGAUGGGGUCACGAUGGCCCAGUACCAGCAGAGCCAGCAUAACCUUAUGCACAUGCAGCCUCCGCCUCUGGAGCCACCUAGUGUGGACAUGAUGUGCAGGGCAGCCAAGGCCUUGUUGGCCAUGGCCCGGGUGGAGGAAAACCGCUCCGAAUUCCUUUUACAUGAGGGCCGCUUGCUGGAUAUCUCAAUAUCAGCUGUCCUGAACUCUAUGGUUGCAUCUGUCAUCUGUGAUGUACUCUUUCAGAUAGGGCAGUUAUGACACAAGUGAGAAGCAAGCAUGUGUGAGUGGAGAUUAAAGGGUCACAUAUAACUGGCUGGUUUCUGUACCUGUUUAUCCAGUGUAGGAAGAAUGGGGAAAAAAGAAGAAGAAAAAGUAGAAGAAUCUUUGCUCCUCUGCCCCAUUCACUAUUUACCAAUUGGGAAUUUCAAAACAUUAAUUUGAACAGUUAUGGGAUUAAUAUUUGCUGUCUAUGUGUAUAAGUACAUCUUUUUAUUUUAUUUUUUUAACCAAAGUCUCUCUCUAGUACAUUCAAAGAUCACAUUUCUUUUUUCAUAGCUAUCCUUGCUCAUGUUUGUUUGUUUUCCCCAUGUUUGAAUCAUAUUUUUCGGGGAGGGGAAGCAACCUUGAAUUUUGGGGGGGGUGUCAAGAUAUAGAAAAAUACGAUUUGAUGUUGGGAGAAAGGGGCAUGCCACUCUCAAAUGCAAAAGUGGAGGGAAAAAAUGCUGAGCUAAUGUGCUUUUUAUUUUUUAAGAACAAAGGAAAUUCCAACCAUCCUUACUGCCAUUGCCCAAAGUGCUGUGUGCAAUAGAAGAAUUAUAGUGAUAUAGGUGUGGCGGAUGGCAAAGGAAAAGGGUGUCAGAUCCUCAUCUGCCCACAUUUCUUGGGUUCUCUGCAGGAGAAGUUACACUAUGCUAGGAGCAAAACCAAUUCUUUAAGAAAGUAAAAACAACUCUGAAGACGAUCAACACAAAUUGCUUCCUCACCAGAACUGUCAACAUCAAUAUCUAUUGUUUGACCUUCCACAAUGACAGUUCAUUACAAUUUCUUUAAAUCAUUUUUUUAAAAUAUUUUUAUUGCCUAAAGGCAGUGUUGUAUAUAGAAGUUGUACAUUAAACAUACCCUCAUCUUUUUAAAAAAAAUAAAUAAAACAAGUACAAGGAUUUAUUUUUUUCAUGAUGUGGUAACUACAAAGUGAUGGUAGACUUAAUUUUAUUAUUAUUAUUAUUGUUAUUAUAUUAUUAUAUUAUUAUUAUUAUUUUCUUUGGGCCAUAACUCCAAAAACUAAGAAAAAAAACACCACGAGGGUAAUGUACAAGUUUCUGUAUGUAUAAAGUCAUGCUCUAUUUCGGGAGAGCAAUUGCUCACAACUUACUUUAUAAAUCAAGAUGUGGAAA